AUGCAGAACUUUCCCUGGGACAACCACAGCUCUGUGUCUGAAUUCAUCCUUCUGGGCUUCUCCAGGGAUUCCCAAAUUAAUACAAUCCUCUUCAACAUCUUCCUCUUUCUCUACCUCUCUACACUUGUGGGCAAUGGACUCAUUGUCACCUUGAUUCACUUGGACUCCCGCCUCCACACACCCAUGUACUUCUUCCUCAGUGUCCUCUCCAUUCUGGAUAUGAGCUAUGUCACCACUACUGUGCCCCAGAUGUUGGUGCAUCUGAUCUGCCAGAAGAAAACUAUCUCCUAUGUUGGGUGUGUGGCCCAGAUGUACAUCUUUCUGGUGUUGGGCAUCACUGAGGGCUGGCUGUUCUCUGUUAUGGCCUAUGAUAGAUAUGUGGCCAUCUGUUAUCCACUCAGAUACAAGGUUAUCAUGACCCCAUGGCUGUGUGGGGCAAUGGCCAUCUUUUGUGGACUGUGGGGUAUCAGCUGUUCCCUAGUCUACACUGUCUUCACAAUGCGCCUGCCCUACUGUGGCCCCAAUGAGAUCAAUCACUUCUUCUGUGAGGUCCCUGCUGUUCUGAAGCUGGCCUGUGCAGACACAUCCCUCAAUGACCAAGUAGAUUUUAUCCUGGGCUUCAUCCUUCUCCUGGUACCCCUCUCCUUCAUUCUGGCCUCUUAUGUCCGCAUCUUUGCCACAAUCUUGAAGAUCCGCUCAGCUCAGGGUCGACUCAAGGCCUUCUCCACCUGUGCCUCCCACAUCACUGUGGUCACCAUGUUCUGUGGACCUGCCAUGUUUAUGUACAUGAACCCCGGGGCCAAUGCCUCCCCAGAGCGGGACAAGAAACUGGCUCUGUUCUACAAUAUUAUCUCUGCCUUUCUCAAUCCCAUCAUCUAUAGCCUUAGAAACAAAGAUGUGAAGAGGGCUUUCCUCAAGUUAACAGGUUCAAGCAAGGCCUCUGAGUGAGGCCAUUGGAGCACAGAAGGCUACAACCAGACCUGAAACCACAUGUUCCACCCUAUUCCCUCCCAUCACCCUAUGGAUAGGCAUGAAUCACUGACUGAGAGUUAUGGGAGAUAAUAUGUAAGGUUGGUGCCUGGGUGGGAGCCGUUGAUGGUUCCAGCAGGUGAGCUAUCCUCAAACAUCAAGAGACCCAACUGUAGAUAGGGUGCCAAGUCAGGACCUGUGUCUGAUUUAUGUGUUUCCCAGGGCUCAGCAAAGGAUCUGGCACAAAGUAUCAUUAACAUCUGAUG